UCAUUUCGUCCAAAAUGGCUACCAGUAAUGUAGAGGAAGCAUGUGCGGACUGGUACUAAAAGCGACUUGGAAGCUCUAGAUUUAUCGUAACCCUGGAUUCCUUGAAAAGAGGUUGGUAACGGUACGGCGGUUUAGAGGUGUUGGGGAUUCCUACAACUGUGCAGCAUUUCAAGAAAAAAACUUGUUCAUUACAAAGUGUUUGUCAGAUCUUGAAACUUUGUGGAAAGGAAAUAAAUCAUGAAGACAGAAGCCAAGAAACUAUUGUCUUCUGAAGAAGCUGUGAACUUGGACCCAUCAGAAAGAAGUAAAAGAAAGAAGAAAAGAAAGCAGAAAAGUAAACUUGAUGAUGAUGGGAUGAUCCAAAGGCCAACUAAGUUGGAGCAAGAGAAUGAGUCCCAGAUGGACGAUGACAUCACAAAGAGACAUUCUGACCCUCAACAAAUUAAGAGAAAAAAACACAAAGAUGAUUCUGAUCAAACAGAUCAACAGAUCAAGAAAAAGAUUAAAAGAAAACCUGAUAAAUCUAAGGAUGUUGAGAGUAAGACUAGAGGAAAAGAUGUAGAGCUUCCACAGAAGGAAGAGAUGAGGACAGCUGGCGAUGGGGGAAGUGAAAGUGUGGAACAGGAGGAACUAAGUCCAGAAGAGGUCAGGAAGAUGGAGAGAAAGUUGAAGAAAAUGAGGAAGAAAGAGGCCAAGAAGUCAGCACCACCCAAAGAGCCAGAUGAAACAGAAGAGGAGAAGAAGGAGUCUGUUGUACACCUGGGCUCUGUGUACCUGCAGACGUGGAAGUCCGACCGGCCCAACUGGGUGUUCCGCAAGGUGCGGCAGGUGUGGCUACUCAGGAACAUGUACACCAUGGACAAGGUAUCUGAUGAAGACUUCCCCAUCCUACUGGAGUACCUGGCUGGUCUGCAGGGGAAGGGGAGGGAGACAACAGUCGCUGAGGCGGAGAAGCUGCUACAGGGUCAGGAGCACGAGGGGGAGGGGGAAGGAACAGGUGAGACAUUAUCAGCUGUCCAGCUGGAGCGUGUGAGACAGGUGCUGCAGGUGCUGGUAUAGAAGGACCACAAACAGGAAGCAAAGUGUACCUAUGAGAAGAUAGCUUGCCUUUCGUUGUAAUGUAUGUUAUUUCUUUAAAUUCUUUACAUACUUAUUUCACCAAAGGACCAACACAAUUUUUAUUUAAGAAUAGAACUUUAUUGUGUUACAGUAAGGCAGCACAUCCUAUGGAGUGCUAAGGAUGAGUAUGAAAAUAAAUAACAGGGACUGAGUGAACAUGUUGCUGAGUUUCUAUGACUACUGUUUGUACUGUUAGGCAUUUUACACAAGUAUCAUAUGUACAAUAGUUUUAUACAAAAAUCUAUACGAUGUAUGUACAUUAAAAUGAGUCAAAGUUAGUUAAAAUCUAGUUUCCUAUAGUGGACGAAGACUGAAAUCUAAUACUACUUUGUAGUAGUCAACAUAUAUGUACAUUAUAUAAGUUACUCAUGGCUUAACAUGUCUGUACAUCUCUUUACACUUAGUUUUUGCCUUUGUUGAAAUACCUGUAAUUGCAAGUCAAGUAAUACUGGUGCCACAAAUGGUGACACGUGAUUCCUCUGAUUUCCUCAUGCCUGAUGGUAGCUCUCCUUUAAACAAAUUGUUGAUACUGAUAGGACUGAUGACAGAGUGAUAAACUCCUUCAACCAGUCAACAUAUAGUUUGUAAUCAUUCCUAGUUAUUAUCUCCCUCCAGAAUCUAGAAUGUCCAUUUCACACAGUCGUAGGAGACCUUCUAGUGGCCUGUAACUGUUGUAUGGCUAAAGAUGAUAAAGGAACUAAUCUAUAAGGCUUGAUUGUAGCGGAAUCUCUUUAAACUGUGGCUUUUUAAGCUGACACAUAAUCACAAAUUAUUGAGGAAGUGAUCAAUAAAGUCAACAACAA